UGGGCCUGCUCAGCGAUUAUCCUUUCUGCACUUGAAGAAGUAACUGCGACGGCAAGGGUGCAGCUUCACGAAGCAAUCAUUGUCUUGCUGCUAUUGCCAAUCCCAUGCAUACGGUGGACCUCUGUCAAACAUGCCCAGCUCAUGCAAAGAAAUAAGAGAGGCCCUCGCGCAAUGCCUCCAAGAGUCCGAAUGCGUCAUGGUCCAGCGUCACACGGCGGCCGAGUGUCUACGCAGCCCCCUGUCCGAAACGCUACCUACGAAGUGCCAGCAGCUGAAGAAGGGCUUCGGCGAGUGUAGGCGCGGCAUGGUCGACAUGCGCAAGCGCUUCCGCGGGAACCAGCCCGUCACGUUCAAGCAACUGGAACAGACCGAGGGCUCCGGCGACGGCUACCAGCUGUAUGCCGGAAAGGCGGCCUUUGCGGGGUCGACGCGAGAGACCGACGGCAACGAAAAGGAGCCCGUGGAUUGGCGAGAGGCGGAGAACGAGAAAUACCGGAAACAGUUGGAGGCUGCCCAGAAAGGAACAAAGUCAUAGUAGGCCGAGAACAGGAGACCGGGAGGAAGGGGGAAGCGAGAAUGAAGGCCCUCCGGGCGAGACCAGCUCACUGCAACGUUGUCCCUGGCAUUCUACAUUUACCCUGUACAACAAGUCUUCAGCAAAGCAUUGGGA